AUGAUGAAUGCAAGCUGGAGGGGAUGGGUGGUGCUGUCUCUCUUCGUCACGGUUGUGGGUGUUUGUAGUUGGAGGACUGUGAAGGCCUCUUCGGUUGCAGCCGUUUCAGACAGGAGCGUUUUCUACGGAAAAAUGAAAGGGAAUUGGAGUGUUUUUUGGCUUUCCGGUAACCAGCCGCAGCGUACGGGUUUCGUGUUGGAGGUAUCGAGCGAGGAAGUACUGUUACGGCGUGAGGUCUUGCAAAGUGUUUUGUCGAAUGCCGUCAUGUCAGUCGUCAGUUUCUUCUCUAUUUUUACGAACGAGGCGGAUCAAUCUGUUCAGUGUGUUCCUACUGAGUGGUCACUGACAUUACCGGAUUCACUGAGGAUGAAAAUAACGGUCGACGGCCUUCGCCUCUCCAACUGCACCGACGCGAAGUUGAUCCCGCUGCUACAGGAACGCGGGGAGACGAAGCUUGGUGGCUUGCUAAGAGAACCGCAACCGUUGCAUAUCCCUGCUGAUGAUAGUGGAUGCGCAAGGGCACCGUUCAAUUUGCAAGGAUAUUGGAUUGAGGGUAUGAAAAGUGACAGAUUCCUCAUAGUGUUUCUGCUCGCUGGGAAAACGAGUAACUGCAGUGCUAUUUUUAGGAUCAACAGAGCUGAAGGGGAGGACUCCGAGUCGCCGGUUCCAUUGGUUAUAAUGUUAAUGGUCUUUGCAUUUCUGAAGUUUGGCUACCGUUUCGUCAUGAAGGGUGACAGUCACAAGCAACGGAGAUCAGCUUCACGCGCGUUCGUGCCGGCUCUUACGGAUCAAAGGCGCCGUGAGUUACUACAGCAGAAGGAUGAAAUCAUUCAGAAGAUGAUGUUGGAGGAUGGGAAGCGGUAG